AUGGCUAUGAGAUCUGGGAUUUCCCUCCGCAGAGCAGUGUGUGGUUUAAUGGAGGGCAACUGCAACAGGCCCUCCUCCCUUCGCUAUUUCAGCGAUGGCAAAGGUCGUAUUCUCAGUGAAGAAGAGCGAGCUCAAGAAACUGUUUAUAUCCAGAAAAUGGAGAGGGAAAGGAUGGAGAAGCUGAAGAAGAAGGCGGCCGAGCAAGAGAAAGCUGAAAAAGAAAAAUCGGACAAGUGA